AUUCUGUACUCAAAGCUUUGUAUUCAGAUUGUUCAUCAAUCCCAUUAUUAUUCUUAAUCUAUUUUCCCACAUUUAUUCGUCCAUUAUUGAUUUAGUAUUGCUUGAUUCCCAAUUAGAAUUUAGUUUAGAUUAGCAUAAUUCUUGCACAAACACACACACACAUACAUACUUUUUCAUCAGUGAAAAGUAGUGUAUAAAAUAAGUUGAUUUCAAUUGACCUGACAGACAUUAUCUCGGUGAGUGACCAAUCUUGGACGCAAAGAUCGCUCAACUCUACUUUUUAUUUGAGAUCUCUUCAAUGAAUCAUACUGGAUCAUGAAAGCCGGGAGAGGAACCACCAUUUUUAAGGGGAUCUUUUUGGGAGGAAGUUGUGUUGUUGGCCUGGUUGUGCAAGUACUAAUUAUGGUUUAACCUGAGGAGGAGCAUACACAAUGUCUUCCAAGGGAGGAUUGGUGUGAGUAGUGGUAAAAGAAGCUGGGAACAAAACAAUGGGUGAUCUUUUCAAACAUAAUUUACCAGGCGUGAUCUGCUGGUUUAUAUGGAAAGCUUAUUCGGCUCAUAUUUGGGGAUCUAACUCUAUUCCUUUAAAGGAGAAUCUGAUUGCCCAAAUUAAACACCAUACCCAGAUGUGGUCUGCGAGCUUCUCUAAGCUUAAAAGAAGAAAAAUUGAGCCAUACCUGUUAAGUGAAGGUUUGUUGACAAAGAAUUUCAGAUUUGGAAGACCUAUGUUUCAGAUUGUUCGAUGGAUUAGACCGAAGGGCAAAGAUAAACUGAACGUUGAUGCUUCUUUCUUACCUGGGAAAUCUGCCGGAGGUGUUGGGCGGUUCACUUUCCGUUGCGAGCUCUGUCUAGCCAGGAUGCAGAAUGGCAAGCAUUAGUAUAUGCGACGAAGAUGGCGCUGGAGGCUGGUCACGUUGCUUUUCAGGUUGAGACCGAUUCCUCUUUAUCUUUGAUUAAGCUUUCAGACAAUGUUGGGGGAGAUAGAUCGAUGAUAGAGUUCAGGGAUAAGGUUGCCCGAAAUGGAAUCAUUUUUGAACAUACAGUUAGGGAGGGCAAUUGGACGGCCCAUGCCCUAUCUACUCAGGAUUUGGGCUGCCUUAAAAAGUUUAAAAAGGUGGAUGAGUUGCCUUACCCAGUCCGCAAGUUUUACUACUCAGAUUAUUUUGAUUUUCCUUAUUUUAGAAUUUAAAUUUUGUUUUCCAUAUGGGUAAGGUCUGGCCCCCCAUUGGAGGUUUUAUUGGUGAUAAUUUCCAGAGGUAUGCCUCUGUGAGAGGCUUUGGUUUGGUCCUCCUCUCUCUUGUAAUUUCUUUUUUAAUAAAAUAACGGCAACUGACUCCCGGCAUUUGCCCCACUGAUUUUGGUGGUUUGCCUUCCG